AUGAACGACUUUGCGUGGUUGUGCAGGCGCAUGGGGCCCUCCAACGCUGCAGGACCAGGAGCUGAUGGAGCACUUCAGAUGCAGCGAUGCGACGUGUGCGGUAAAACUUUCGCUCGAAAAGAUCACCUCAACGGGCACAAGCGCCUGCGACGUGUGUGGAACGACCUUCAACCAACCGGGCAACCUGGCGCGACAUCGCCGCGUUCACACAGGGGAGCGCCCGUUUCCGUGCGACUUUCCAGCGACCUCGCUGUCCACAAGCGCAGGCACACGGGCGAACGACCAUAUCCUUGCGAUGUUUGUGGAAUGGCUUUCAUCGAUGCCAGCAACCUCGCCACGCACAAACGCAGGCAUACGGAGCAACGACCUUAA